AUGAGGAUGGCUGCGCCAUGGGUUAUUGCCUGCAGCUUCUUGCUCUCCUUGGCGACCUUCCAGGGAGCUGAGGGUGCGAUUGGCGUGAACUACGGCAUGAUCGCCAACAACCUGCCGGCGCCGGAGCAGGUGAUCUCCAUGUACAAGGCCAAGAACAUCAACUACGUGCGCCUGUUCCACCCGGACACGUCCGUGCUGAACGCGCUCCGCGGCUCCGGCAUCGGCGUCGUCCUGGGCACGCUGAACGAGGACCUCCCGCGCCUGGCGUCCGUCCCGUCCUACGCCGCGUCGUGGGUGGCCACCAACGUGCAGCCCUUCGCGGGCGCCGUCCAGUUCCGGUACAUCAACGCCGGCAACGAGGUCAUCCCGGGGGACACCGCGGCGCAGGUGCUCCCGGCCAUGCAGAACCUGGAGUCGGCGCUCCGGUCCGCGGGGGUCACGGGCGUCCCCGUCACGACGGCCGUGGCCACGAGCGUGCUCGGCACGUCGUACCCGCCGUCCCAUGGCGCCUUCUCCGAGGCGGCCGCGCCGGUGAUGGCGCCCAUCGUGUCGUACCUGUCGUCCAGGGGCGCGCCGCUGCUGGUGAACGUGUACCCGUACUUCGCCUACUCGGGCAGCGGCGGGCAGGUGGCGCUCGGGUACGCGCUGCUGUCGGCGGACGCCGGCGGCGCGGUGUCGUCGGUGACGGACGGCGGGGUGGUGUACACCAACAUGUUCGACGCGAUCGUGGACGCGACGCACGCGGCGGUGGAGAAGGCCGGGGUGCAGGGGCUGGAGCUGGUGGUGUCGGAGACCGGGUGGCCGUCGGGCGGCGGCGGCGACGGCGCCACCGUGGAGAACGCGGCGGCGUACAACAACAACGUGGUGCGGCACGUCGGCGGCGGCACCCCGCGGCGGCCCGGGAAGGCCGUGGAGACGUACCUGUUCGCCAUGUUCAACGAGAACGGCAAGGCCGAGGGCGUGGAGCAGCACUUCGGCAUCUUCCAGCCGGACAUGAGCGAGGUCUACCACGUCGACUUCACGGCGGGUUCUUCCUAG